CACGUGCAGCCCUGCCACAAAGAAGGAUGUCGGAGGAAUCCAGGAUGCCGCUUCCCAGGCCGAGCGGGCGCAGCCGAAGCCAAGGUCUCUUCAACACAGCCAUGGGGCCGCUCCAGCGCCAGCUCCGCAUGGGGGAAUACAACCUGCUGAAGUGCUCCCCCAUGUUUGAAAGUGAGUUUGUCCAGAUCAGCAAGAAAGGGGGUGCUGUUGAUGUACACAACCAGGUGCAGCUGGUCAGGGUUGCGAUUGCUGCCACCAGCCCAACCCUUCGAAUCCCCAACGUGCUUCUCUUGGCCCGGCCUGUCCGCCCUUCCAGAGAGCGGCGUUUGGCCCCACAUACCAGGAUCCGCCACUCUCCACGUAUGAUAUUUGAACUCACCAGGCUUCUCCCCCUGUGCUUCGUCAAGAUCUCUGUGCAUGACCGGGAGAAGCAGCAGCUCCGCUUCAAGCUGGUCAGUGGGCGGACCUUCUACCUGCAGCUGUGCCCCCAGCAGGAUGGGCGGGAUGACAUCUUUGAGUCCUGGGUCAAGAUUAUCCACCUGCUGAGGCCCCCCUCCAAACCGAAGCACAAGCUGCUGGAGCCGGAUAGAGAACCAGCCCAAGAACAGGAAGCUCCCCAGCAGCCCAAAGAUAGAUCAGUGGAGCCCUUUGGCCUUGUGGAUAAAGAGAAGCCUGAAGCAGAAAGUACCUUGCAAGAAGAGACUAAGGAGAAGGAGGACCCAGCAGCCAAGUCCUCCCAGGAGCCCUCUCAGGAGCAACAGAAUGUCCAAGAAGACACCAGCUCCUCCACCUCACCUCCCAGCCAAGAUGAAACAACAGAAGAAGAAAAGGCUCCGCUUCCAGAGGACCAAGAUCCUCAGGAGCAGCUCAAGAAAAUGUCAGGAGACUUGGAGCGGAGACCUAAGACCAGACCUCCUACAAGCAGGUACUAA